AUGCCUCCAACCAACAACCUCUGGCACAUCAAGCAACGCGAAGAGCAAAACAUGGACAAAAUCAAGCGAUACAUCUGUCCAUCAGAGACAAGUCCACACAUCGCAACACUCCUCAGCUUCCCCUCCGCCCGCUCCACUUUCCCGGAGCUCCACCUCAAGACCAGAAAUGAGAUCAUAAGCCUCGCGACCACAAUCGCCGCCUUUGAGCCCGUCCGCCUGCACACAAGACCAGAAGAUCUCUCCAGCGCACAAGCCCUGCUAUCCGAGCGCAAAGCAUCCACGCCAGAACCCCACCUGGCAAAUAUCACAUUAGUCCCCGCACCGACAAACCACUGCUGGAUCCGCGACACCGGACCCGUGUACGUGCGCAGCGCCGACGAAGCAGACAAAACCCGCUACGCCAUCGAUUUUCAGUUCUGCGAAUGGGGCCACAAGACUACCGAGCGGAUCUACGGCGCCGCCAACUCGCCUGCUGCAGCGACUGCCCUGCAAAAUUCACCUCAGCAUGCCGACUGGCCGGUAAUGGAUAUUGCAGCCCAGAUGGAGAAUACGGCGUUUGCGAGUACGGUGCUGGAGAUUGAGAAUGAAACUGCGCGUUCUCCUGUUACGCGCGUGCAAACGCAUCUCAAGCUCGAGGGGGGCGGUAUCGAGAUUGACGGCGAGGGCACGUUUAUGGCGACGGAGAGUAGCAUUAUCGGCGAUGCGCGCAAUCCAGGGCUCAGCAAGGCCGAGGUUGAGGAUGAGCUGAAGAGGCUGCUUGGCGUGAGUGCAUUCGUGUGGUUCCCUGGUCGAAUUGGACUGGAUGUCACGGAUGUGCACAUCGAUGCCGAGGCGAGGUUUAUUCGACCUGGAGUUGUGGUUGUUUGCCGGCCGCAUGGCGAUGUUGAAGGGGUGCAUUGGGAGAUUUACAACGAGAUCCGGGCGGUUCUGGAGAAGUCUACGGAUGCGCGCGGACGCAGGUUCGAGGUUCAUGAUGUCGUCGAGCCGGAUCCCAAGCUGGUGAUGGGUCAGCUUCCCGGCGAGGAGGAUGCACCGGCGGCUUCCUAUGUCAACUUUUACUUUGUUAAUGGCGGAUUGGUAAUGCCUGCAUUUGGGGAUGUCGAGGCGGACACCAAGGCGUUUGAAUUGAUCAAGAGCCUUGUCCCGGAGAGGGAGGUGAAGCAGGUUGAUGUCAAUGCGCUGCCGAGGACUGGGGGUGUGCUGCAUUGUGUCACGCAGCAGGUUAUGUGA